AUAGAGGCACAGGAGAUAGCUACGAUGGUUUUCAUAUUACUUACAUUGGUUACAAUUUUCUUCGCUUUUUACGCGUGGUUUCAGUAUAAAUUUUCUUAUUGGGCUAGAAGAGGUGUUAAAGGACCAAAGCCAACAUUUCCUUUCGGGAAUAUGCGCGAUGUUAUUUUACGAAGGAAGCAAUUGUUUCAACCCUACUGUGACAGCUACAACACAUACAAACACUUACCAUAUGUAGGCCUAUACUCCUUUAGUAUUCCAGUGUUGUGCAUCAAUGAUCCUAAUUUAGCAAAAAAUAUUCUAAUCAAGGAUUACGACUAUUUUCAAUCUCAUGGAAUAUUUACCAGCUCAGUUGGGGAUCCGUUCGGUGGCCAUAUUUUUAAUAUACACGGCGACAAAUGGAGAGCCCAUCGCGCGAAAUUAUCGCCAGCUUUCACAUUGGGAAAAUUGAAGUCGUUCUUCCCGUUUGUAGAUAAAAUAUCUAAUGAAGGGUUACAGUAUGCGGAUAUGAUGUAUGAGAAAGGGCAAGUUAUUAACUUUUCGGAUUUCUACUCAACAUAUGCGAUGGAAAACAUUAGCAGUAUCGGUUUUGGCGUUCAGAACAACGGUUUUAAAUCGAACACGGAGUUUCAUAAGCGUGGACGUCAGUUCUUUGAAUACACUUCGAUUUAUUGGACAGUAAUACGUGCGAUUGCAUUUUUCGCUCCGGAGGCUUUCGAUGCACUGAGAAUAAACCGUACCGAUCCUGGAAUAAACAAAUUCUUUUAUAAUCUAGUAAAGGACUCUGUGGACUAUCGCAAACGAAACAGUUAUCGUCGCAAUGAUUUUCUUCAGACACUGAUUGAUAUAAAAGACAGGGAUACACUGCCUGCAGUGUCAGGAACGGAAGAAUAUAGAUUUACUUUCAAUGACAUCAUAGCGAAUACGUUGCUCUAUAUGUUAGCUGGCUAUGAGACAUCGGCUGCGACGGGCAUGUUUGCAGCAUACGAAUUGGCGAAAAACCCGGCUGUUCAGGCCAAAGCCAGAGAAGAGGUAAUCAGUGUCCUCGCAAAAUAUAAUAACGAAUGGACGUAUGAAGCACAGAAUGACAUGACGUAUAUAACCAUGGUACUUGAAGAAACGAUGAGAAAAUAUCCACCAAUGCGCGCUCUGUUCCGGAGAUGUAAUAAAGAUUUCAAAGUACCUGACAGUGAUUUCAUUAUAGAAAACGGUACAUUACUAUUUAUACCCAUUCAAGCAUUACAGAUGGACCCUGAUAUUUUUGAAAAUCCAGAGCAAUUCGACCCAGAGCGAUUCGCAACGGAGAAGAAAGCUAAGAUGCACCCGUGUCAUUGGAUGCCGUUUGGGGAGGGACCAAAGAAAUGCUUAGGUAUGCGUCAAGGCUACAUACAAGCUAAAAUGUUGUUGGUGAAAUUACUUACCAAAUAUGAACUAUCAUUGGACGAAAAAACAGAAGACCCAAUUCGAAUCAAGACAACAUCGUUUUCUUGCGCACCUGAUAAUGGGAUUUGGAUCAAUUUAAAAAAAAUUGACAAUUUUUCUUGAAAUUAAACAAAAAUGGAUGUUAAAAGCGAGUAAAGUAUUUAGUACCGUAUGAAA